CACCGUACGAUGACAGAAUAACCAUGUCCGAUUACUGUUUAGUGCCCACGAUGGAUGAGUCGCAUCCCAGGCCGACUGAAACUACAGGCUUGUCAAGGAAAGUCGAACAAGAAGAAAAGGUUCAUAUUCCUGAAUCAAGCUCGACGGGAUUUAGUUUUCGAAAACUAUGGGCAUUUACAGGGCCUGGAUUUUUGAUGAGUAUUGCCUACCUUGAUCCAGGCAACAUAGAAUCAGACUUACAGUCUGGUACGACUGCCAGGUACAAGUUAUUAUGGGUGUUAAUGAGUGCUACCAUUUUGGGUUUGGUAAUGCAACGGUUAUCAGCUCGCUUAGGUGUUGUUACCGGUCUUCAUUUAGCUGACAUGUGUUAUCGCCAGUACAGAAAAGCUCCAAGACUAUUUGUUUGGCUUAUGAUGGAAGUUGCUAUCAUUGGUUCAGAUAUGCAAGAAGUCAUCGGCACUUCAAUUGCUAUUUACUUACUGAGUAACAAAAUGAUACCACUUUGGAUAGGAGUGCUGAUCACUGUCAUUGAUACUUUAUCUUUUUUGAUGCUGGACAAGUAUGGACUUCGAAAAUUGGAACUAGUGUUUGGUCUAUUCAUUGUUAUAAUGGCAUUGUCAUUUGGAUAUGAGUUUGCAAUUGUUCAACCUGAUAUAAAAGAUAUGGCUAAAGGAUUGGUUACUCCUUGGUGUUCAAACUGUCAAGAAUCUGCUCUUCUUCAGGCUGUUGGUAUUAUUGGAGCAAUCAUAAUGCCACAUAAUCUAUACUUACAUUCAGGCCUAGUCAAGUCUAGGGAAGUUGACAGAACAAAAAAAGACAAAUUACGAGAAGCCAACUAUUACUUUUUCAUUGAAUCUAGCGUUGCUUUAUUUGUAUCAUUUGUGAUCAAUGUGUGUGUUGUAUCAGUUUUUGCUCAUGGAUUAUACAAUAAGACAAACAGUGAUGUGUUGGAGAUUUGUACUAAGAACAAUAAUACAUAUUCGGAUAUUUUCCAAAAUAAUACCGAAUUAGUAGAAGUUGAUAUAUACAAAGGUGGAGUAUUCCUUGGUUGUCAAUUUGGCAUAGGUGCCAUGUAUAUUUGGGCUAUUGGUAUUUUAGCUGCUGGUCAAAGUAGUACAAUGACUGGAUGUUAUGCUGGACAGUUUGUAAUGGAAGGCUUUUUAAAUCUUCAAUGGAGCCGAUGGAAAAGAGUUGGGUUUACUCGACUGGUUGCUAUAGCGCCCACAUUUUAUGUGGCAUUUUUUAGUGAUAUUAAUGAUUUGACUGGUAUGAAUGACCUUUUGAAUGCGGUAAUGAGCUUACAACUACCAUUUGCUACACUUCCAGUAAUUGCAUUCACUAGUAAUCCUCGAAUUAUGGGAGAGUUCACCAAUGGAUUAGGAAACAUUUUAAUAACAAUUAUUUUGUCUGCUAUUAUAAUUAGUAUAAAUAUAUACUUUGUAAUCCAUCACACAAUCACAAAUUUCACUUACAAUUUAACUUUAUUAAUUGGAGUUAUAACAUAUAGUACAAUUUAUUUAUUAAUGUGUGCUUAUCUUACACUGCAUCUCGUUAUCAGUAUGCUGGAUGAUUGCAGUGUCUUACGUAGAAAUCCAUUUGUUAUUAGAUUUAUUGGUCCACAAAUCGGGAACACUUUUUCUCAACAUCAACAAACAAAUUAUUCUCCUCCGAGCAGCCAAGAUGACGUAACAAAUAUCAAGCUAUAAUAAUGAAUAAUGAUGGAAUGUUGUUGCAUGUGUCAAAAGGAUUGUACUUAACACCAUACGACUAGCAAAUAAUACGAGAAAAACAUUGUGGACAACAUUAUCUGAUAGAAGAAUUUGUGAUCUUCUAUUUAAGAUUUUUUGUUCGCUGUGAACAAUAUUAUAUAUUUAAUUACUAUUAAUUUAUUUUCAAAUUGCCUACAUUUUUAUUUUUAAUUAUGAUAAAUUUUAAAGGCAAAAUAUUUUUUUCUUUAGUUUUUAUAAUAAUUAAUAAUACAAAUGUAUAUGUAAAUGUAUACAAUUUAAAUUAAAAAGUGAUGUAGAUCAUUAUUGAUAAUAUAUAUAUUAUGUUUGUGUUUGUGUCUAAAUUUUAAACAACAUUUGUUUAAAUGUAUAAACAACUUACUAUAUUAUUUAUAAUUAAUUUUUUUUUUGUCAUUUUCAAAAUAUGUAUUUAUUACAAGGUGUAUAUUUUUUUAUUUUAUACAAUACAAUAAUAAUUUUAAGGUUAUUCAAAUUUGAACAAACCUAUAUAAUUAAACAUAAAAAGAAAGUUCUAUAAGUAAAUAGAUUUUAUAAUAAUUAUUGAUAAUUUUCAUCAUAGGUGUAUCCAUUAUUAUUUUUUUUUUGUUUUCAUAACAAUAGAAAUUAUUACAAUAAACUCAAGAAAUUGUCUAUCUAUUGAAUCAAUGUUUCAUACACAGACAAGAAAACUUUUAUAAGACAUGUGAUAAAAAAAAUUGUUAUUGAAAUUAUGUUUUAAUUAGAUUGAUUUAUUAUUUGUUAUAAAUUAAUAU